AUGUUUUCAAAUCAGCUACUCGAUUUUGCAAAAGAUGAAUUAUCAUAUCGAACUGUGGUUAGAGAUCUUAUAACCAAAGUUCCUGUGUUGCAAAUUGUUAUUGUAAACACAAACUCGUGGUCCUGUACUGGUUAUUGUUUGAGCACACGGAGCAGUGGAGAAGCGGUUCCAAAGCUAGAUCUACAUCCUGUUAUCAAGGUGCUAUUUACAGAAAGCAGCAGUGAGAAAGAAUCUGAAAUAAGGAAAAUGGAAGAUCAGAUAAAAAAAGAUUUAGCUGAUGAAGUUUUCAUGUUGAGACCUCAGAUAGAAGAUGUGGUUGAAUUGCUGUUGUCAGCAAAGAACAUACUGCCACCUUCGUGCUCUUCGUUACAGGGUUUAUCAUUAUCAUCCAUGCACAUGUGACGAUUAUAUAUCGAAAACAGCUAGCCAAUAUAUAUUAAAAGUCGCCUAAACUUCCGUGGAUCACAAUUCUCUGGAAAAUGAGCAGAUACCUUGUAUACUCCUAUUGUAGCAACAGAUCGGAUUGGUAGACCUAUUAAGAAGUGAUGAAGCUGAAAAUUGGAGGCAAGGAAUCUUGAACGUGAUUCUGGUGCGGAAGAGGCUAGCAAAAUAUUGAGAAGCUU